AAUCGGCUGUCGCGAGGCUGUUAGGAGCGAUAGGCAUCCAAAUUGCCUGUAGAGAAGCGCCUGACAUAAGCGCCGAGCGACGCGACCUCAAGCCAAACACCAGUUGUCCGUCUCGACGCGGCAAAAAUAGAGAUUGCACAGAGCAGCUCAGGCCUGCAGUAAUAACUCGCGACGCGGCACGCCAUCGAUGCAGGAAGUAGCAUGAAGAUAGCGCUGCUCCUCCUCGCCGUCCAAGCACAGGAAACACCGACGCACUGCGGCCACCCCUGCCCGGCACGAGGCAGCCGCGGCCCGACGAAAAACGUCCACGGCUGGCGCAAGUGGAAGGACUUGGUGCACUACCACAUCGCGAAGAACGCGGGCACAACAUUAAGAAGCGUGGUCACGAAGCGCUACGGCGGCUUGGAGCUGCACGGGCCCGGCAAGAAGGCGUAUGGAGAAUACUUUAAUGAUGCCGGCCGCAAGUGGGCGGGCCGCUACUUCGUGGCCAUGGCGCGCGAGCCCACCUCCAAGCUCAUGUCGCAGUUCUUUUACGUGAGAGCGUCGCUCGGAGGUGAUUUCGGCACGUGGCACCGGUGCGUGACGUUUCAUGAAUAUGUUGAGUCCAAAAGGGCGCGGCACAACCACCAGUUUUCCCAAUUGGUCGCGGGUAGUAGAUUAGCAGCUUGUGAUCCGUCUCACAAUGUAUCGUACUUCAAGCGCCCGCGGCACGAGGCCGGUAUUACAAAAGCUCAAGAUGUUUGUAAGGGAGGCGCUGCGGUCCUCAAGAGCCGCAUCCUCGAGAUCCUGAGACAGCCUAGAUUAUUUGUUGGUUUGGUGGAGGACUUCGACGCUUCAUUAGUCUCAUUGCAAAGAGAAACAGGUUUACCGGACGCGACGUACUGCCACAAGCGCACGACGAAAGGUGCCCUAAACAAGCCGCGCCACUUGACGGAAGACACGCGGCACGCCUCAUCAAGGCGCAACGAGCUGGACGAGAUCUUCUACGAGGCGGCCCGAGAGGUGCACGCCUGGAAGCGGUGCUGCUACGGCGUCGACGACGCGGCCGUGGCGGACUUUCGUCGGAAGAAUUUGGAGUUCCAGCACUCGACGGGCUGCCACGUGAUUCAUGAUAGGAAACAGAAGGGUCUAGAUAAUAGAACGGUGGGAGACCCGAACUGGCACGGCCGCGGCACGGACCAGUACGGGGCCAAAUGUGCGGCUUUGGAUCCGAGAAAAUACGCGUUGCCGGGCGACUCGGACCAGUGGCGGCCGAAGGAGGACUGGUGCCCGCCUUCCUCGAAGCUCGUGGACGGGGACUGCGUGCCUCGUGCUAGUGUGUAAGUGGAUG